CGCCGACUGGCUGCGCGAUGCCCAGUGAGCAGCAGCCUUGUUCGAGUGGCUCCGCCCCUCCGCUUUCGUUCCUGUUGGCUCUCAGCUCCAUGAUGCGAGUUCAGUGACAGUGACUUGGUUAAGUAAAUUCUUCUGAGGACAGCCCUCUGUAUUCUCUAGAGAUGACAGCUGUGGAAGUGCUAGAGGAGGAACUGCUUUCCAUUGAUAAUGAGCUACAGGCAGUGGAGAUGCAGAUUCAGGAGCUGCUGGAUAAACAGCAAGAACUCAUCCAAAAGAAAGAGACAUUAAAGAAGCUGAUAAAGCAGUCCUCAGGAGAGUCAGCAGCAGGGGGAAGUAAAGAGACUGAAACCUCAGUUGAGGCAUGGAGUAAAACAGAUUUUCCAUGGUAUGAGAAGAUAAAAACUGCGCUGGAAAACAAGUUUAAACUCCAGAAGUUUAGAUCCUUGCAACUUGAAACUGUAAACGCUACAAUGGCAGGAAAGGAUGUAUUUCUUGUCAUGCCUACAGGUGGUGGAAAGAGCCUUUGUUAUCAGUUACCAGCUGUAUGUUCUGAUGGCUUUACGCUCGUGAUAUGUCCUUUGAUAUCACUUAUGGAAGAUCAGCUCAUGGUUUUGGAACAGCUUGGCAUUUCUGCAACUUUAUUAAAUGCUUCAAGCAGUAAGGAACAUGUGAAGUGGGUUCACAGCCAGAUGCUAGACAGAAAAUCACAACUGAAGCUCCUUUAUGUGACCCCAGAGAAGAUUGCAAAAAGCAAAAUGUUCAUGUCAAAGCUAGAGAAAGCUUAUCAAGCAGGAUGUCUUGCUCGCAUUGCUGUAGAUGAGGUCCACUGUUGCAGUCAGUGGGGCCAUGACUUCAGGCCAGACUACAAAUCCCUCGGUAUCUUGAAAAGACAGUUUCCUUGUGCUCCCUUGAUUGGAUUAACUGCAACUGCUACAAAUCAUGUUCUAAAGGAUGCUCAGAAUAUUUUACACAUUCAGAAAUGCAUUACCUUUACUGCGUCUUUCAACCGGCCUAAUCUUUACUAUGAGGUUCGGCAUAAACCUUCGAAUAAUGACGAUUUCAUUGAGGACAUUGUUAAGAUCAUUAAUGGAAGAUACAAAGGGCUCUCAGGAAUUGUUUACUGUUUUUCUCAGAAGGACUCUGAGCAAGUCACUGUGAGUUUGCAGAAACUGGGAAUCAAGGCAGGAACUUACCAUGCAAACAUGGAUGCUAAAUAUAAGACCAAAGUUCAUAAAGGAUGGUCAGCAAAUCAAAUUCAGGUUGUAGUGGCAACUGUUGCUUUCGGCAUGGGAAUUGAUAAACCUGAUGUGAGGUUUGUAAUUCAUCAUUCAAUGAGCAAGUCAAUGGAGAAUUACUACCAAGAAAGUGGACGUGCAGGUAGGGAUGACCAAAAGGCUGACUGCAUCUUGUAUUAUGGUUUUGGAGAUAUAUUCAGAAUCAGCUCAAUGGUAGUGAUGGAAAAUGUGGGGCAAGAGAAGCUGUACGACAUGGUGUCUUACUGCCAGGAAAUGAACAAGUGUCGCCGGGUGCUCAUAGCCCGUCAUUUUGAUGAAGUAUGGGAGUCUGCAAAUUGCAACAGAAUGUGUGAUAACUGCUGUAGAGAAAACUCGCUUGAGAAAAAGGAUAUCACAGGAUGCUGCAGGGAUCUGAUCAAGAUACUCGAGCAAGCAGAAAACAUGAGUGAGAAGCUCACUCCACUGAAGCUAAUUGAUGCUUGGUCUGGAAAAGGUUUAUCAAAACUCAGGGUGUCAGAAGUUACUCCACCAAAGCUCCCUCGAGAGGAACUGGAGAGAAUUAUUGCCCACUUACUGCUGCAGCAGUAUCUGAGGGAAGACUUCAGCUUCACGGCAUUUGCUACAAUAUCCUACCUGAAGAUAGGACCAAAAGCGAGGCUGCUGAAAAACGAGGCACACAUCAUCACAAUACAAGGGACAACAAACAAGAAAAGCGUUUACAAGAACAAACCAUCUGAAUCUUCCAAGUCAGAAGGAAGCGGUGAAAAUGCUCAGACUGUUUCAAAGACUACCCUGAAUUCAGCAGUGAAGAAAUCACAAGAACUUAAGCGACCUAACUCUGGGACUAACGUAAAAGCAAAGAAGCCUAAGCUUCAGGCAGCUGGAGAUGACCAACCCGUAGUCCUUGAUUAACACAAACUGCAUUUAUGAUCUCAUCACAUUUACCUCUCCAUGGACGGUCCAGUGUGUGAACUUGUAUUUUAGUAAUGGACUUUUGUAUGUGAUUUUUUUUUUUAAAUAAUAAUUUAAGUUUAAAAAAAAGAAAAGGAACCAAGUGUCUUUAAAAUCCUCAAAUCCAAAAAUCUUCUGGUCAAGAGAAAAAUGCUUGAUAUCAAAUAAUAGGUGCGUAUCUUACAUAUUAUAGCUGUUGACCUAUUGGAAGUAUGUAGUCACUUUGCCUUUCCUAACUCUUAAGAAAAUGUAGCUCAUAGUAACUACUGCAGGAAAUGCUGCAGAAUCACACAUGCUGAAAGGGGGCUUCCAGAUUGUCCAAUGCAACCUCAAAGCUCAAGUUCAGUUCUCUAAGAACAGUGUGCUCUGGGCUACAUCUCACUGAGUUUCAUUUCUCCCCAAGGAUGGAGAUAUCACAACCCUUCUCAGCACCUGUUCUGGUGUUUUACCAGCUUACAACAGCAACAACAAACAAUUGAGAAACUUCCUUUGAGCUUUUAUUUCCUAUUGCAAUUUGUCUCUUACCUCAUGUCCUGCCUCUUACUGCACUCAAGCUAGGCCUCAUUGCUGCUGUACUCUACCAUCAGGUGAAGACAAAAGCAAGAUGACAACGUUCCCACACCAUCCAGCCAUUUUCUCUUUAUGUGGAACAAACUCAAUCUCCAAGCCACUGGAAAGCCUAGAAGCGUUUUGCUGGACUCAAUAUACUGUAUGUAUCAAGUUGAUUCUGUUGAUGCUACUGAUAAGGUGUUAAAAAGAACCAGCCUUAGAAGGACACCACUCAUCACCCAUCUCCAUCUGGACACUAAACCACUGACCACCACAUUCUUGGUAUAGUCUCAUAACCAUCAAACAGUCCUCCUGUCAAAUUCUUUCCAAUUUGGAGAGAAGGAUGGUUUGAAGGACCUUGUCAAAGGCCUUACUGCAGCUCCAGCUGACACCAGUGGCUCUUGGCUUAUCCACUGACUCAGUUAUGCCGCUAAAAAAGCUAUAAGGCUGGUCAGGCAGGAACUACAUUUGGUGAAACCAUGCGCUUAUUCAAUAUCACCUCCAUCUCCCUUCACAUGCCCUCACAUGGCUUCCAGGAGGAUCUACUCCACAAUCUUCCCUGACACAGAGGUGAAGCUAAUAUGUUUGUAUCUCUCUAGGUCAUCCUUUUUUCUAUUCUUCUUAAAAAUGGGUGUGACAAUGCCUUUUCCUCAGUCACCUGGAGGACUCCACCUGAGAGGUAAAUAAGUAAAUGCUAUGCUCCCAUCGGCUUGCACUGUAGCUUUUUUUAAGUGAAAUUUAGUCCUUCCCUUGACCAAGAGUUCUGGAUUUCCCCUUUCACCACUAGAACGUAGAAGUAUAUUGAUCUAAUGUAGGUAGGGUGCUCCAAAAGUAUCACCUACUAUUUAUUUCCACAAAAAUCAUGAUAAAUACAAACAACACACACUGUUUGAGAAUUUGCUCUAUCAGCUACUAAACACUGUUUUUAAACAUAGUCCCCACCAUUCUUUUUCCCUAGUGAUGAACAAGAACCUGGAUGACCCUCAUAAAAACCGCACCAGCCCCUAUGCCUGCUGUUGCCAUUGCUGAAACGCACCACCCGCUGCCUCCCUGUGCUCACAGCUACUGUUUGGUCUCUGUAAACAUUCAGCAAGCACCCAUGGAUGUCACUGGAUACCACUUUUUUUUUCCUAUAUGGUGGAAUUCAGUGGGAAACCUUGGCUUCACAUGCACUUUCAUGUCAGAUGCUUGUGUCUGCUGCCAUCUGGAACAAAAUGUAACAGAAUACUGUGGGGAAGGUUUAACUUUUACUGCCAUAUCAUCAAUAUCUGUCUCCGACAUUAUAGGCCAAUGUACAGUAAGCUUUACUUUGACAGCAGUCCUCAUACAUUGACUCACAAAUACCAGGAUUACAAAUUGGUGCAGGAUAAACUCAACAACCAGGAUAUUACUUUCAUCAACUCCUUUGAAACUGAACUCAAUGUAUAGAGCCCAUGUGGCCAUUCUCCUCUUACCUGUACUUACAGGAACCUACAGCAGCUGGCCUUUCACUCACAGGCUUUUAUGCCUGAGGCUGAACUGUGCUUGCAGCUUUGAUCACAAAUUUCUGGUUUUAGGCUGGCUUUAAAUGCAAGUGGUCACUGUACAGGUACAUUGUUACCACCAGCAAUAUCUAGUCUGAAAACAAAACAUUCAGCUUAGCUUAACUUCUUGUUUAGAGCUGUUUCCUUAUAAAGCUUAGCACUGUUUUACAGACAACAUGAAAUAGCUCUUGAAGACAAAAAACUGAUACUUUUUAGCUCAGCCAAAUGUUGG